UAAAAGGGCCGGUCGGCGUUGGGUUCGGCACCAGUUCCCGGUCAAGUCUUCCUUGCACUCACAAUGUACAAGGUAACCGUCGCCCUCCUCGCCACCCUGGCGGUGGCAGCCGCUCUGCACAUCCCCAACGUGCGCACCGGCGCCACGGACAACGUCCACAUCAGCGGACAGGAUGUUGCCCAACGCCAGAAGGUGGUGCUGCAGCUGCUGAGGAACGUCGGCCAGAAGAACAUGUACCCCGAACUCGUCGCCCUGGCCCAGAACUGGAACCCCAUGCAGAUCGCUGACCGUUACGCCAACCAGUACGUCGUCAAGAACUUCGUCAACAUGUGGCAGCAGGGUACCCUGCCCCGCGGCGAGAUCUUCCACGUGUACAACGACUCCCAGCUGAAGGAGGUGGUCGCCCUGUUCGACCUGUUCUACUUCGCCAAGGACUUCGAGACCUUCAUCAAGACCGCCGCCUGGGCCCGCGACAACGUCAACGAGUCCCAGUUCGCCUACGCCUUCUCCGUUGCCGUCGUGCACCGUGACGACUGCGCCGGCCUGGUGCUCCCUCCCCUGUACGAAGUCGCUCCCCAGCUGUACCUCAACUCCGGCGACAUCAUGGAGUUCAUGAGCGCCAAGAUGCAGGGCCAGAUCAACUACGUCAAGAUGACCAACUGGACCGGUGGCGAGAUCAUCAACCCCGAGCAGCUCCUGGGCUACUUCACCGAGGAUGUCGGCGUCAACGCCUACCACGCCUACGCCCACCUCUACAUGCCCUUCUGGCUCAACUGCGAGAAGUACGGCAUCACCACCUGCCAGAUGCGCGGAGAGGCCUUCUACUACUACUACCAGCAGAUCCUCGCCCGCUACAACCUGCAGCGUAUGGCCAACUAC